AGAUUAGUCCAAUGAUUGGGCCCAAAUUAUUCAUGGCCAGUGUCUCCGAUUGUCAUUUAUAAAUCUUCAUCUAUUUUUUGGACUCGACACAAAAAAACUUGCCUUUUCUUUUACUUUACAACCAUGUCUGCUUCCUUUGCUGUUCCCGCUAACCUCCAUUCCGAUAAGCCUAACGGUAAUGAAGAACAAGAUUCUUUCGCCAUCAAGGCUGGUUUGGCUCAAAUGUUGAAGGGUGGUGUCAUUAUGGAUGUCAUUAACGCUGAACAAGCCAGAAUUGCUGAAGAAGCUGGUGCUUGUGCUGUCAUGGCUUUGGAACGUGUUCCUGCUGAUAUCCGUAAGAAUGGUGGCGUUGCUCGUAUGUCUGAUCCCAAGAUGAUCAAAGAAAUUAUUGAAGCCGUCACAAUUCCAGUCAUGGCCAAGGUUCGUAUUGGUCACUUUGUCGAAGCACAAAUCAUUCAAGCCGUUGGUGUUGACUAUAUUGAUGAAUCUGAAGUUUUGACCCCUGCUGAUGAGGCCAACCACAUCAACAAGCACAACUUCAAGGUUCCCUACGUCUGUGGUGCCAAGAACCUUGGUGAAGCUCUUCGUCGUAUUAAUGAAGGUGCUGCCAUGAUCCGUACUAAGGGUGAAGCUGGUACUGGUAAUGUUGUUGAAGCCGUUCGUCACAUUCGCACCGUCAAUGCUGAAAUCAGACGUGCUGCCUCCAUGACUGAUGAAGAAUUAUAUGCUUACGCCAAGGACCUUCAAGCUCCAUACAGCUUGCUCAAGGAAACUGCCAGACUCGGUCGUCUUCCUGUUGUCAACUUUGCUGCCGGUGGUGUUGCUACUCCUGCUGAUGCUGCUCUCAUGAUGCAAUUGGGCUGCGAUGGUGUCUUUGUUGGUUCGGGUAUCUUCAAGUCUGGUGACCCAGCUAAGCGUGCUAAGGCUAUUGUUCAAGCUGUAACUCACUACAAUGACCCUAAGGUCUUGGCCGAAAUUUCCGAAGAUCUCGGUGAAGCCAUGGUUGGUAUCAACUUGGACUCUUUACCAGAAAAUGAAAAGUAUGCUAAGCGUGGAUGGUAAAGAAUUAAAAAUUUCUGGCAUUUGUGACACAUCAAUAUCCCCUAAAUACACACUCUACACACACGCAUAUAAAUACAUAAACUUUAAUUGUAUAGAAAAAGUAUCCCCUUUCCUUACCCCAAAUAAAAAAAAUGUAUUCUACUUUUAGUUAGGAAUAAAUAAAUAGUAACAAAUUUAUUACUUCAUGCGAAGGUGCUUAAGUUUGAACGUCAUAAUG